AUGCAUUCCAGGAUGCUCUCUCCGAAUCAUGUGCAAGAACAGAGUGGGAGGAAGAUUGGCGAAGAACACGGCGAUGAGGCUCCAUCGUCGUCGGCGUCAUCAGCACAAGAAGGUCCCGCGAGGGGGGCGGCAGGCACAGGCCGGGAGGAGGUAGCAGUAGUAGCAGAGCCAGAAGGAAGAAGGGGGAAGGGGAACGUGCCGGCGUCAUUAACCGCGGCGGCAGCGACGAAGUAUGGCGCGGCGACGCGCAUCGUGACCGUGGCCGGCCUCUCCUGCCCCUGCGGCGGAACCCACGUGCGGAGUACCAGAGAGAUGGAGGGAGUGCGCAUCACCAAGGCCAAGGCCAAGAAGGGCACCAUUCGUGUCAGCUACACUCUCGCUCCUUCCUCCUCCUCCUCCUCCUCCUCCUCCUCCUCCCGGCCAUCAUAAUCACAAAUAGAUGCCACGUCAAAUGCUGUUCUUCAGGCCGAACGUUGAUUGAUGAAUGAUCGUGCACCAACCUGUGUGUAGGUGUAAUUUUUUUUGUGUUUUCGCAGUAGUGUUAAGACUAUGUGUCACAGGUUGUGCGUGUUUUUUUUUGCAAUUUACCAGUUACGCUGUUCGCGUUGUUGACGUACCGUGAUCAGUGGUCUUACACACGUGCGUGCAAUCUACGCCAUGCUUUGGUCCAUGUCCUCACCGCUGCGGAACUUGUGCCGUGUAACAAACUUGUUGGUGCUGGGGUGACCUUUUCGCCAUCACACUCAAU